GAAAGGUGGAUCACUAUUCCAGUCGCGUCUCACGCGCGUCUAUUUUCAUGGAUGUAAAAUGAGCAUAAUACAACACAACUCUGGACUUUACGACGCAAAACCUUCUGCCAGUCCUUGAUACUUCUUUUGCUUCUUCUUUUUUUUUCUUCAAAUUUUGUUGUCUUCAUUUUGAAAAAGAAACGGACUGCAACUGAUCUUACCGGGACAAACUUGUGGAGCUAGUCACCAAAUCAAACGGAUCAUUUUCUGGAAGUGUUCCAGCUAAGUAUAACCUUCAAGAUGGAUGGACAGUGUUACUACAAUGAAAGCAUCGCCUUCUUUUACAACGAAAGUGGGAAGUACCUGGCCACAGAGUGGAAUACUGUCAGCAGACUGGUAAUGGGACUUGGACUUACAGUAUGUAUCUUUAUCAUGCUUGCUAACCUCCUGGUGAUGGUGGCCAUUUACAUCAACCGCAGAUUUCAUUUUCCCAUCUAUUAUCUCAUGGCUAACCUAGCAGCAGCAGACUUUUUCGCUGGACUGGCUUAUUUCUAUUUGAUGUUUAACACGGGGCCCAACACACGCCGGCUAACUGUCAGCACGUGGUUACUACGCCAAGGCCUCAUUGACACUAGCCUGACGGCUUCUGUGGCCAACUUGCUAGCCAUCGCCAUUGAGCGCCACAUCACAGUCUUCCGCAUGCAGCUUCACACUCGCAUGAGUAACCGUCGUGUGGUUGUGGUCAUCGUGAUCAUCUGGACUAUGUCGAUUGUCAUGGGUGCCAUCCCUAGUGUGGGUUGGAACUGUAUCUGUGCUAUCAAAACCUGCUCCAACAUGGCACCACUCUACAGCAACUCGUACCUCGUCUUCUGGGCCAUCUUCAACUUGGUGACCUUCGUUGUCAUGGUGGUGCUUUAUGCCCACAUAUUCAUGUAUGUCCGCCAGCGCACCAUGAGAAUGUCACGCCACAGCUCAGGUCAGCGGCGCAACAGGGACACCAUGAUGAGCUUGCUGAAGACAGUGGUGAUUGUCCUUGGUGCUUUUAUCGUGUGCUGGACGCCUGGUUUAGUUCUCCUGUUGCUUGACGUUUUCUGCGAAGAAUGCAACGUGCUGGCUUUCGAGAAGUUCUUCCUCCUCUUAGCCGAGUUUAACUCGGCCAUGAACCCAAUCAUCUACUCCUACCGGGACAAGGAGAUGAGCGUUACAUUCAAGCAGAUCCUGUGCUGCCAGCGGCAGGAGAACAUAAACGGUACGGUGGAGGGUUCAGACCGCUCAGCUUCCUCAUUCAACCACAGUGUCCUGUCUCCACACAAUAAUGACCACUCAGUGGUCUGAACACAACAGAGGAAUGCAGCUGGCACUAUAGGGAUCUAUAUGGGAUCAAACCCAGGACUGGAAAAAGCUCCUUGCCAGGUGGCAGAGCUACACAGGAGGCAUUGCAUUAAAAAAAAAAAAACUAUUUUGGAGUUUUUUUUUUUUUUUUUAAUGUGUUCUAUUUUUGGUGAAACUAUAUUAAGUAUUUAAUGACUGAUUUACAGUGCAAGGGGUUCGGGCAGUAUAAUGAUGAUCGUUAGGUCAAUUAUUCAAGAAUUUAGAUUUUUCUACUACCCAGUAAGUCAUGGGUGUCCCCAGUAUUAACAAAAAUCCUAUUAACCUUUUCGCUUAGGCUUUUGCACUACAGAGGUAAGCAGUGCACUCUUGAGACCACUGAUUAAUGGCACAAUUUUGUCGCCAGCUAAUCUAAAGAAGAUGUGCAUCUCAUUAGGCCUGUGGCAUCACCUACUUAUCACUACACUUGUAUACAGAGUACAAGGAUAUAUGCUAAGGGUAUCUAGAAUAGAAUAAAAAAAAAAAAACAAUGAUAUUAAACAAUUUCAACAUGUGUGCCGAGGAGAAUUCCUUAAAUAACUUGAAUUGCCUACUUGGCAUGAUGGAUUGUUCUUAGGUCUUCUGCCAGAACGGUAACAGACAUGAUCAUUUUUCAUUUGAGGACCAUGUCACUAUAUUCCAGUUCUGAUUUGGGUAGCUCUUCAUGUUUUGUUUGGUUUUGUUUUGUUUGGUUUUGUUUUAAUGUGUUUUUUUAUUUUUAUUUUUUUAUUUUUUUAUUUUUUACAACGACCACUUACAUAUAUGAGCCAUUUCUUUUCAGGGAAUCCAAUUCAUGGACUGUCACCACAUUCUAAAGUCACAAGUGCCCUUAAAAAAAGUAAGAGUAUUUGGGAUUUCUUGAUUUCUUUUGAAGACUUUCAGGUUUGAUAAAUGGCUGUCACUUUGCUAACAAAUGUAACACACACACACACACACACACACACACACACACACUCAAACUUGUCUUGGUAUAAACUGUCAGAGAAGCAGAGUAGAUCUGACUUCCCGAGAACCUUGUUCAUGGUCCUGUGUUUGAUACUGUUUAUGUCCAGUAGCCAGGACCUAAUUUAUUUUUUCUUGUGCCACAGUAAUAAGUACAAUGAAAUGUAUCUUAUGACAUGACAUUAGAGAAAUUAAAUGAUCAGUGUAUGUUGGUCUGUAUGUACAGUAUGUAUAUAAUAUAUGUAUAUAUUCAAUGUUAGUCAAAAAGGGAAUCUUUAUUUUGAAGGAUUAAGUGACCUUUUCUUUUUGCUCUCAGUUGUAUCCUGCUUAACACUUAAAUUAUUUUUUAAAUGUUUAACUUGGGGGCAAACAUAUUUAGUACUUCCCAUUAAUUAUUCAGAAAUUUGAGGUGAAGACCUGUUUGGCAGUGGAUGGAAACAUCAUUACUACAAAUGAGUUUAAAUACAGUGGAUACUAACAUUGCUAAUAAAUGUAACAGGAAAUAGUCGUACAAUGCAAAAUCCCACUAAGAUUUUACAGCUAUAAUAUGUUAUUCCACCUGGAUAAGGCAUGCUGUUCACUUGGAAUAUAGCCUAGGAAAAAGUCAUUACAUCUAAUUAGGCCAUAAUGCUGUUUGCCCUAAACCUCAGUCAUGGAUUGUUGGUUUAUUUCCUUCCAUCUUUAUGAUUUAACUAAAAACAUAGUUUCUUUUAUGUUUAUUUCAUAUGAUUUUAAUCUCACCCAAAAUAUUUGAUUUUUUUUUCCUCCCAUGCUCAUGCCUAAAUUCUGUAUGGUAUGAGUCACCUAAACUCACUAUAAUUAAAUCUGCCAGUCUUCUUAAAAUAAACUUGUAUGAUAUCAGGACGAUUGCUCACAUUUAUUUAUAAAAGAUUUCCUGAUCUUUUUUUUUGUUGUUGUUAAAACUCUCACCCGUUUAUAUUGAGCUUUGUCUUUUCCAGACUUACAGAGCAGAAUCGGCUUAAAUGCAGACCUUUAUGUAUUAGGAGCUCAGCACUGAACAAUUUUUUCUCUGUAAAACUGGUAGAUGAGGCAAUCAGCAUAUGAAUGUGGAAUGACUGACAAUUGCAUAGGUAUUUUGAAGACUCCGAUACUGACUCUAUUGGAUGCACUCCUUUCCAGUGUCUCACAUUAGUACUAUCUCAGUGGUACUCAAUGUAUUGCCCUUGCUUUCUUUUCAAGAAAAUGUAGUGCCCUUGCUUGCUUUUCAAGGUAAAUGGAAAGUUAUUUAAUGUGACAUACAAUGCAUCCGGAAAGUAUUCACAGCGCAUCACUUUUUCCACAUUUUGUUAUGUUACAGCCUUAUACCAAAAUGGAUUAAAUUACUUGUUUUCCUCAAAAUUCUACAAACAAUAUCCCAUAAUGACCACGUGAAAGAAGUUUGUUUGAAAUCUUUGCAAAUUUAUUAAAAAUAAAAAACAAAAAAGCACAUGUACAUAAGUAUUCAGAACGUUUGCCAUGACACUCAAAAUUGAGCUCAGGUACACCCUGUUUCCACUGAUCAUCCUUGGGAUGUUUCUACAACUUGACUGGGGUCCACCUGUGGUAAAUUCAGUUGAUUGGACAUGAUUUGGAAAGGCACACACCUGUCUAUAUAAGGUCCCACAGGUAACAAUGCAUGUCAGAGCACAAACCAAGCUAUGAAGUCCAAGGAACUGUCUGUAGACCUCCGAGACAGGAUUGUAUCGAGGCACAGAUCUGGAGAAUGGUACAGAAACAUUUCUGCAGCAUUGAAGGUCCCAAUGAGCACAGUGGCCUCCAUCAUCCGUAAAUGGAAGAAUUUGGAACUACCAGGACGCUUCCUAGAGCUGGCCGCCCGGCCAAACUGAGCGAUCAGGGGAGAAGGGCCUUAGUCAGGGAGGUGACCAAAAACCCGAUGGUCACUCUGACAGAGCUCCAGCGUGUCUCUGUGGAGAGAGGAGAACCUUGCAGAAGAACAACCAUCUCUGCAGCACUCCACCAAUCAGGCCUGUAUGGUAGAGUGGCCAGACUCCUCAGUAAAAGGCACAUGACAGCCCGCCUGGAGUUUGCCAAAAGGCACCUGAAGGACUCUCAGACCAAGACAAAUAUUGAACUCUUUGGCCUGAAUGGCAAGCGUCAUGUCUGGAGGAAACCAGGCACCACUCAUCACCUGGCAUAUACCAUCCCUACAGUGAAGCAUGGUGGUGGCAGCAGCAUCAUGCUGUGGGGAUGUUUUUCAGCAGCAGGAACUGGGAGACUAGUCAGGAUUGAGGGAAAGAAGAAUGCGUCAAUGUACAGAGACAUCCUUGAUGAAAACCUGCUCCAGAGUGCUCUGGACCUCAAACUGGGGCGAAGGUUCAUCUUCCAACAGGACAACGACCCUAAGCACACAGCCAAGAUAACAAAGGAGUGGCUACAGGACAACUCUGUGAAUGUCCUUGAGUGGCCCAGCCAGAGCCCAGACUUGAACCUGAUUGAACAUCUUUGGAUUUGAAAAUGGCUGUGCACCAACGCUCCCCACCCAACCUGAUGGAGCUUGAGAGGUCCUGCAAAGAAGAAUGGGAGAAACUGCCCAAAAAUAGGUGUGCCAAGCUUGUAGCAUCAUACUCAAAAAGACUUGAGGCUGUAAUUGGUGCCAAAGGUGCUUCAACAAAGUAUUGAGCAAAGGCUGUGAAUACUUAUGUACAUGUGCUUUUUUGUUUUUUAUUUUUAAUAAAUUUACAAAGAUUUCAAACAAACUUCUUUCACGUUGUCAUUAUGGGGUAUCGUUUGUAGAAUUUUGAGGAAAAUAAUGAAUUUAAACCAUUUUGGAAUAAGGCUGUAACAUAACAAAAUGUGGAAAAAGUGAAGCGCUGUGAAUACUUUCCGGAUGCACUGUAAAAUACAGAAAAGUAUGUUUUACUUACCUAACAUUAGACAAGUAUAAAGUUAACAUCUGUUAACUAUGUUUGUUAGUUAUCC